GCUACUCGCUGGGGCCUCGUCCAUAUUACGAGCGGCUGCUUAGAGCCAUGCAGAAGCUUUGGCAGUUGAAAGGUUCUAUGUCACUUCUGUCCCUUGCUGAUGGUUUUUUCUUGCUUAAAUUUUCUACUGAGGAAGAUCUGGAGAUGGUGCUCUCAGGAGGACCAUGGUUUCUGCUUGGAAAACCAUUUAUUUUACAGAGAUGGUCCCCUAACUUUAAGCCAAAACGCGAUGAAACUGCUCUGAUUCCGAUUUGGAUCAAAAUAGUCGACUUCCCGCUUGCUCUCUGGACUCCCACCGGAAUAUCUAAAAUUUCGAGCUAUGUUGGUAUUCCGAUUUCUGUUGACUCUCUCACUGCUAAUCGCACGCGAUUAACGUUUGCUCGGAUUUUUGAUGCUUACUUGAUGGCUGGGUCUCUUUUAUCUCCUAUGACGCGGGUCUGGACAUGGACACAGAUUUUGUUUUUAUGUAAUUUUCUGACCUGGGAAGAAUACUAUCGGGAUUGUGAGGUUUUCGUGUUCAGCCCUCACUGCUGUUUGCUUGCGGUUUUCCACUUCCAAUCUUCUCAGGUUUACUACAAAGACUAUAGCUGGCUCCGCUGGAGGAUGUUUGGCAUUCAGACUAUGAUGAGCAAGGCCAGUCUCUCCGAGCCUCGGAGGGCCUUUGCGGCAACCGGGCUCGUUUUUGCGGGCAUUUACUUACAGGCUGGAGGCUCUGUGAUGGCCAGCUUUACUGAAAAAAUUUCAUUGAAUUCGGUUUUUUGGCAACCGGUGCCACCGCCUGGACGACUUCAUUUUCUAACUGAAAUUUCUUGAUGAAUGAGACUGCGUCUUUAUUCUGAGUCUACUGAUUGUCUUUCGUCCAAUUCUGGUCUUGCUAUAGUCUUUGUAAUAUUUUUGAUUAGCUUUUGUUUCUUUUGCUACUUGUGUUUUUUUUUUCCUACAGGUGAAUUGUAAUUGUUCUGAUGUUUUUUAAUACAUGGGCUUUUGCCCCGGGUUCUCCCAAAAAAAAAAAAA